UAGUCACUUUUUCAAUAACAUUGGCAACACGUGCAACGCGCGCACAUUGAGUGUUUGUUUUUAGUUGAUGUACAUUUAAAUGGUUUAAAAUGGGUUUAACUAAACAAUAUUUAGCGUAUCGUGUCAUAGACAGUUUUAAUAUCAUCGCAUCUGGUCGUAGCAAUGUGAAUUUCGCCGUUGUCGAUAAAAGCGAGGGACGUUACGUUGCGGCUCCGGCAGCUGAGAAUGUGAUUAUCUGGGACUUGCGAAUGGGCGAUCGUAAGCUGACGCUGCGUCGCGAAAAACAUGAAGUUACUGCCUUGCGUGUCUCACCCGAUCAUCUGCACAUUGCCGUUGGCUAUGCGGACGGCGUGGUUCAGAUCUUCGAUCUCAGCUCGCGCACGUAUUACGAUGCUAUCUGCUCGUUGGCGCUGCACAAGAAUGCUGUCAGCAUACUGCGGUAUGAUGCACAUGGUAUGCGCUUGGUUAGCGGGGGUCUGGACACUGAACUGGUCGUUGUGGAUGUGGUGGAGCAGGCUGGACGACAGCGCCUCAGUGGUCAUAAUGCUGCCGUUACAGAUGCACACUUUCUGCAGCGAUUGGUGGAUCAGGAUGUGGUGGUCAGCUGCUCAAAGGAUACACAAAUCAAGUUUUGGAAUCUGGAAACACAGUUCUGCUUCAAAACCAUUGUUGACAAUCGUACGGAGAUCUGGGCUUUGGCUUUUAUAAAUGAUCUGAUGGUUGCUGGAGCUGGAGAGAGCGGCAUGAAUGUUUAUCGACUGCGCAAACGGGACACUAACGAUGGUCAGACAUUGGAGUCCGCUGUAGAAGGUUUGGCUAUCGAUGAUGAGGAUACAAUUAGUCCGUUGAAUGUCAGCAACUGUGGCACCAUUCAACGAGCGGGCAAGGGACGCACUGUCAAUCUGGUUGCCGAUCCCAAUGAGCGUGUGAUUAGCUGUCAUGGUACCAAUGAUCUCAUCGAGAGCUUUUACAUUUGCACACCCGAAGAGGCCAAAAGUCGUCUAGCCAAGCGGCUGAAAAAGGCUCGCAAGAAGGCAGAGUCUGCUGAAGCCAACGAACAAGACGAUGAGCAGCUGUCCAAAGAGCUGUCGCUGAGCGACGAAAUCAAACGCCUCGAAAGCAUCAAGACAAAGCAAAAGAUCAAAUCCAUUGAUGUGCUGCUGGGCGAAAACAAAGAAUUGCGAGUUUUGGUCAGUUUGUCCAACAACAGUCUCUGCCUCUACUCGCUAGAAGCAUCCUUGAAGUCCCGCAAGGCAGCAGACACCAGUGUCAAAGUGUUGCGCUCCCUCACACGACUUGGACAUCAAUCGGAGGUGCGUUCCGUGUGCUUCAGUAACGAUUCGCUGGCCAUUGGCUCAGGUGCUGGCGAUUCCUUUAAGCUCUGGGAUCGCGAUGCUAUGCAAUGUAUGCGCACAGUGUCCACGGAUUACAUUCUAUGCUCACGCUUUGUGCCUGGCGAUCGAUAUGUGCUGCUGGGCAUGAAGAGUGGCGCACUGCUCAUUGUGGAUGUCGGCGCUGCGGAUAUUGUUGAGAGCAUCCCCGCUCAUGAGAGCGAACUGUGGAGCAUUGCACUGCUGCCGGAUCAGAAAGGCUGUGUGACGGGUAGUGGAGAUACUACACUGAAGAUCUGGAGCUUCGAACUCAUUGAUGCAGGCGAAGGAGCUGCCCAGACCAAAGUGCUUUCGUUGCUGCACAAGAAUACACUGAAGCUGGAGGAGACGGUGCUCUGUGUGUCCGUCAGUCCGGACAUGAAAUAUCUGGCCGUGGGUCUGUUGGAUUCCACUGUUAAGGUCUUCUUCCUGGACACCUUCAAGUUCUAUCUAUCCCUUUACGGCCACAAGUUGCCAGUGCUCUGCAUGGAUAUCUCCUAUGACUCGCAAUUGAUUGCUACCGGUUCCGCGGAUCGUAAUAUUAAGAUUUGGGGCCUCAACUUUGGUGAUUGUCAUCGUUCGAUCUUUGCGCAUGAUGACUCGGUAAUGUCGCUACAAUUUAUACCCAAGACACACAUGUUCUUCAGCUGCGGCAAGGAUGGCAAAGUGAAGCAAUGGGAUGGCGACUCCUUUGAGAAAAUUCUCACUCUUCCCGGUCACAUUGGUGAGGCACACAGUCUGGCUGUCUCCCCCAAUGGUCGCUAUUUGGUGAGCUGUGGCUCUGAUCGCACGCUGCGCAUGUAUGAGCGCACCGACGAGACCAUUGUGCUCAAGGAUGUGCAAGAAGAGGAACGCGAGCAGCAGGAGAACGAGCAACUUGCCACCGGCGAAGACAACACUGUGGCGCUGCUGCCUGACCUGAAAUUGCCCUCUCGAAAAACUGUUGGCUCUGAGCAGGCAGCCGAGUCGAUCAUGGAAUGCCUGGAGAUCUCGAAACAAUUCGAGCUGGAAGCCGAAGAGAAGGCCGAGCCGCAUCCUUUGAUGUUGGCGCUGCAAGUGAAGAAUCCCAAUGAUUUCCUGGUCGCUACACUUGUGCGCAUACGCACCUCUGACAUGGAGGAAGCGCUGCUGUUACUUCCUUUCUCCAUUGUCUGUGAACUGCUCGAACGUCUGCCCGCUUUGAUCAAUCAACGACCCGACGAACUGGAACUGCUAUGUCGCGUUACCGUGUUCCUCUUCAAGGUGCACAUGAAACCCAUCGCAGCGAGCAAAGCGAUGAAGCCUCUGUUGAUCAAGCUGCUCGAUCUGCUCAAGCGUGAUGUGCAGCAACUACGCGAUGUCAUGGGCUACAAUCUGCAUGCGCUGUCGCUGUUGCAGUCAGAGGUGGAGCAACGAGAAGGCGUCCAACUGUUCCGGGAGGCCACACAGAUCAGGCGAAAGAACGAAAAGAAGCGACGCCAAGCGGUUAAGCGGCGCAUCCAGAUACAAAUGGUUUAAGAUGUGUUUAAUGUAGGACUUUAAUUUUAUCAAGAUAAUCUACAAUAAUAAGAUGCAUUAUUGUAACACAAA